AUGGGAAUAUACUGCAGCCUGCAGGUAUCUGAAACUGACAGGAGUUCAGUGGCCCAGCAAGAAGGAAAGGGUUUGAAGAAGAAGAGGAAGAAGAAGAGCACCACCUCAACCACCCAAUCACCAACACACCACCCACACCACCCCAACCACCACAACCUGCACCACCACAACCACGACUACCAACACCACCCCAAUCACCACCAAUACCACCCCGACCACCACCACCAACAACACCCCAACCACCACCCCAAACACCAGCACUGGCACCACUACAACCCAAACCACCACCACCAACAACACAACCACCCUAACCGCCACACCAACCGCCACCACCACCCCAACCACCCCAACCACCACCCCAAACACCAGCACAACCACCACCACCUCAACCACCCCAACCACCACCCUAACAACCACUAUCAGCACCACCCCAACCACCACUACCAGCACCAGCACCACCUCAACCACCACAACCACCACCCCAACCACCACCACCCCAAUCCCAACCACUCAAACCACCACCCCAACCACCAACACCACCAUCACCAACAACACUACCCCAAACACCCCAACCCCCACCACUACCCCAACCACCACCUUCUCAACCAUCCCAACCACCACCCCAACCCUCACUACCCCAACCACCACAACCCCAACUGUUGA